AGAAGAAGAACGCCCAUUUUGCUUAGAGUGUCCGCAUCGAAGAGUACAGAAAUAUCAACAGACAGAAGAGGACAAAGAGCUGCAAUGGACGGUGAUGUUGCGGUUGGUGUGAAAAGAGGCUCAGAUGAGCUCAACAUGUACGGUAGCAGCCCCAACUCUAUGACUGCGAAUGGCAGUGACAGUAAGAAACAACGCCUGGACGAAUCACCUCCCUCCAGAGUCCUCCACAUCAGAAAACUUCCCAAUGAGGUGUCAGAGACUGAAGUCAUCGCUCUGGGGCUGCCCUUUGGAAAGGUCACCAAUAUACUGAUGCUAAAGGGGAAAAACCAGGCUUUUCUUGAGUUGGGCACAGAGGAAGCUGCUGUAACUAUGGUGAACUACUACACAGCUGUCACACCACAGGUCAGAAAUACUCCAGUCUUCAUCCAGUAUUCCAACCAUAAGGAACUGAAAACAGACUCUGCUCUUAACCAGAGGGCCCAGGCAGUACUGCAGGCAGUGUCAGCAGUUCAGGAUGGAAGCUCUCCGUCCUCUGACCCAGGAGUUUUGGACUUAACUCCACCCCCCAGCCCUGUCCUGCGAAUUAUCAUUGACAACAUGUUUUAUCCUGUCACAUUAGAUGUUCUACAACAGAUCUUCAGUAAGUUUGGGACCGUAAUGAAGAUUAUAACCUUCACCAAGAACAACCAAUUCCAGGCUCUUCUGCAGUUCAGUGACCCCGUCAAUGCACAGCAAGCUAAACUGUCUUUGGAUGGACAGAACAUCUAUAACUCAUGCUGUACUCUGCGGAUAGACUUCAGUAAACUGGUCAACGUUAACGUCAAAUACAACAAUGAUAAGAGUCGAGAUUACACCAGGCCUGAUCUUCCUACAGGAGAUGGAGAGUCAACCAACAAGGAUCAUUCUUUACUGGGUACCCCAUCUGGAGCACUAGCUUCCUACUCUAGUGGAGGAGGUUACUCAUCUUCUCUCUCCCUCUCCCAGGGUGGAGGAGCCAUCAGCCCUCUGAGUGCGGCAGCAGCGGCAGCAGCAGCUGCAGGUCGCGUUGCUCUAUCAGGAUCAGGAGUGUCAGGGGUCCUGUUGGCAUCCAACCUAAAUGAAGAGAUGGUCACGCCUCAAAGUCUCUUUACCCUCUUCGGGGUCUAUGGUGAUGUGCAAAGGGUAAAGAUACUCUACAACAAAAAGGACAGCGCUCUGAUUCAGCUGUCAGAUGGCAACCAGGCUCAACUUGGUGUUUUUGUCAAGAUGUGGAUAUUUUGUUUUCAAUACACAGAUUUUUCUGGCUCACCACUCCAUCGCUUUAAGAAGCCAGGAUCGAAAAACUUCCAGAACAUCUUUCCACCCUCAGCAACGCUUCACCUCUCCAACAUUCGUGAUGGGGUAGGAGAGGAUGACCUGCGUCUUCUGUUCUCCAACAGUGGAGGGACUGUGAAGGCCUUCAAGUUUUUCCAAGACCGUAAGAUGGCUUUGAUCCAGAUGUCAUCAGUUGAGGAAGGGAUCCAAGCCCUGAUGGAUCUUCACAACUACGACAUGGGAGGAAAUCACCAUCUGAAAGUCUCCUUUUCAAAGUCUACCAUCUAAUGCAAAUCCUUGUCACAUUCAGAUCUGUGACAAGCCAACAAGUCACUGUCAGUGGUCCCCUUUUUGAAAAUUUCCUUGGAAUGGUUUUCAGUGAAAAAAAUGAGAAAAUCAGAAUUUCACUACAAUAUAUUUUCUCAACCAGUAGAAGCAGUGCUUACCUCAGUCUCAGCCCAGAGGCAGUUCUGCUUUGAUCCGUACAACAUGUUAAAGAGCAACUAAACACCAGCUGAAUGUGUUAUCUUUGUUUACCAGGGUUACAGGUGAAAAAGACUUCAAAUCUAACCUGGUGUUGAGAUCCUCUUUAGAGCAGUACAGACUGGUAGUUUUCAUUUAAAGUGCAGUCUGUGGUUUAUUUCGUGUUGAACUGUCUGUCAGAGUUGACCUCUCCCUGAAUUUAUCUUUGAAGUCUGAGUCACUUCUCUAUGUAUUCCUUUCUGAACCACCUACUCUUUCAGCAGAUACCAGUUUAAACAUCAGGCUGGCAUUGUUCUGAAAGCCAUUUACAUCGUCUCUGCUCCUCUUUGGAUGUCUGUUAUUUUAAGAUGUUUUCUGGACUGUUCCGCUUCUUCAAAUCUCAUGUAGUUCAUUGCCAAAGUAUGACAUGUUCAAGGGAAAAAGAAAUCUAGCAGUGGGCAUACAGGAGUCGAAAGAAAUGUAAAUAUGACCAGUAUUACAUUAGAAGCACUCGUUACUUAGAGGGGGUUUCUUUACCUACACCCAGUCAUUUUAAAAUGUAGUUUAAACACCAAGUGUAACAACAGUUUUUAACACUUAAUGCACAAGAGUCAUUGUGUCAGAAUUUCACUAUUUCUGUUUUUUUCCCCUUCACUUGCAUACUUUCUUGCUGGUUAUCCUGUCUCUGAACAAUCAUUUUGGAAAUUGUUUCUACAUUUAAAGAACAUUAGAAAGUUUAUUGUACCUUUUUUCUAUAUGAUUUUAAAAAGAUUUGUAGGAAUGAUAGUCAUCGUUUGAAGUGAAUUAUGCUUGUUUCGGACAUGUGUGUCCCUGAAAUGUCCUUCACAGCACAACAUAGAAUGUAUCGACUCAUUGUAAUCAUAUUAAGGAUGCAAAGGUGAUGCCAUCUGUUUCCUGUUUAAAUCCCAUCUCAGUCAUUGGAAAAGCAGCCGUAAGUGGAUGCACACACUCACAUGCACAGGAUUCUUGCUAAUGCUAUCUGUUUAAACAAGGGUUCAACAUGUCAUUCUGGUCUCUUGAUAUUAGGAUAACCCAUCGGGACCUAAGUACAUGUGCCUUUAGUUUGAUUUUACUGUUGUGUUUUUAAACAACAUGUGUAUUGGUAAUGAUUGCCAAUCUUUUGUUGUAAACCUAUGUUUGGAAAAAAUGUCUUGUUAAUUUUAAAAAGAAGCAAACCUUGUCUUUCAGUUCUCUUUGACAGUCCGUGGUUAUUUAUCAAAGUGAGACGCACAAAACUUGUCCCUGUUUCAGCUGAGGUCGCCUCAUAAGUUGGUUUUAUUUCUCUCACCUCUCGAUCUUGUUUCCAGCUGCAGAGUUUAUUUUUAGACCGUUUUUAGAUGAUUCUUGUAAAUUUUCUACCUGAGUUCAGUUUCUUUUGUGAUAAGAUUCAGAUUAGCACAAAUUAAACACGUCUUUUCUACCAACCAGCUCAAGUAAAAUUGUGUUUGUGUAUGUCUGGGUAGUUUCAGGCCUCUGCUCUCAUCUGUACCUUAUCUAUAAUAAACGUCUCUCACUCUGUUCA